AUGUCGGCCGACGAAUACCUCCCAGCGGUCUUUAUAAUACUGGGGAUAUACCUCCUCAUUCGCUUCCUCGGUCGAACGCCUACGCCAAAUGACCCAGACACCAUACCCGGCGUAUCGGCCAGUACGGUCGAUACGAUCCACGCUGCCUUCCCGGACGUUCCAUUACCGAACCUGAUAUACUCGCUGUCCACGACCCGGUCAGGCCAGCGGACAAGCGAGGAGAUCAUGGAAAAGGGGUAUCUGCCGAAUCCGCCCGCAUCGUUCCGGAUGCCAUCCUCCCUCCAGCCCGCAACCGUCAAUCCCCCUUCGGCCCCUUCAUCUCCAGUAGCGUCUACGGGCGGCUUCUCCUCUAAAUCUCCUGCGGUGGCAAAGCAGCCGUCCUUGAUUGAGCGGUAUGGGCUAGCGAACAGGGUACCGAGCCGGAAAGGGAAGGAAGUGGAUGCUGGGGAGAGGCCGGAAGCGGCUGGGCAAGACGAGGGAGCUGGGGAGAAUCAAGCGAGCGGAGGGAAGGCCAAUUGGGCUGAUUCGAGAGAGGGGAGGGAGAAGGUACUGAGGGAGAGAAAGGAGCGGAUGAUUCUCGAGGCAAGACGGAGGAUGAUGGAGAAGGAAGCUCAGGCAACGUCGGCUGCGUCAUAG